UGGAGUCCGGGUAGAGGGAGUCGCCCACCUGACCGGCCUCGCCCCCUCCGGAGUUUGCUGCAGCUGAGGGCCCCAGACCAGCGAAGAAGCCAGUCUGGGGCCGGGCAGUCCAAUCGCUUUUCGCGUAUUUCCCUCCGCUGGCGCGCAGCAGCGGCGCGUGGAUUCGCGCGCGGGCUCGGGACGGCGCGAGCCCGGGCAGCGCGAGCCCCUGCGCGGCAGGGAGUGGCGCAUGCGCGGGCGUCCUGCGAGCCCGCUGGGGCGAGCCGAGCCGCGGCGGCGCCGGGCGGCGGAGCUGUGAGGCAGCAAGCGGCGGCACUGGAGCAGCGGCGAAGGACAGGUGGCGAGCCUUCGCCCGCGCCGCCAGGGGCUGCUGGGCCACCCGCGGAGCCUCGCGGUCCAGACGUGGAGGGGGUGGUGGCGGCAUCCCGGACGGCCUGUGAGGGAUGCGCCGCCCACUGCCCCGCGCCGCCUGACCGUCCCCGCCUCGACUCGCGGUGCGCCACAGCCGGGCCCGCGGCCGUCCCCGCCGCGUUGUCGCCCGGUUGCCGCGCCCGCGGGGCCGCGCCCGGCACGGUCAUGUGGACCCCCACGGAGGAGGAGAAAUACGGUGUAGUGAUAUGCAGCUUUCGAGGAUCUGUCCCUCAAGGGUUGGUCUUAGAAAUAGGAGAAACAGUCCAGAUUCUUGAAAAAUGUGAAGGUUGGUACAGAGGAGUUUCAACAAAGAAGCCAAAUGUGAAGGGGAUCUUUCCUGCAAAUUACAUUCACUUGAAAAAGGCAAUUGUCAGUAAUAGGGGGCAGUAUGAAACUGUGGUUCCACUUGAAGAUUCUAUUGUGACUGAGGUUACGGCAACUCUACAAGAAUGGGCAAGUUUGUGGAAACAGUUGUAUGUGAAACACAAAGUAGAUCUUUUCUACAAACUACGCCAUGUGAUGAAUGAACUUAUUGACCUGCGAAGGCAGCUACUGUCUGGUCACCUGACUCAGGAUCAGGUGCGGGAGGUUAAGCGGCACAUCACCGUGCGCCUGGACUGGGGUAAUGAACAUUUGGGCCUGGACCUGGUGCCUCGGAAGGACUUUGAAGUAGUGGACUCGGACCAGAUUAGUGUCUCAGAUCUCUAUAAGAUGCAUUUAUCUAGUCGGCAGAGUGUACAGCAAAGCACAUCCCAGGUAGAUACAAUGCGCCCACGUCAUGGGGAAACAUGUCGGAUGCCAGUGCCACAUCACUUCUUCCUCAGCCUGAAGAGUUUCACUUACAAUACUAUUGGGGAAGAUACCGAUGUCUUCUUUUCCUUAUAUGACAUGAGGGAAGGCAAGCAGAUCAGUGAGCGGUUUCUGGUAAGACUGAACAAGAAUGGUGGGCCAAGGAACCCAGAGAAGAUUGAACGAAUGUGUGCCCUUUUUACAGAUCUGAGCAGCAAAGAUAUGAAGAGAGAUUUGUAUAUCGUUGCCCAUGUGAUCCGAAUAGGCCGGAUGCUCCUGAACGACUCAAAGAAAGGUCCUCCUCACCUGCACUACAGGCGACCAUAUGGCUGUGCGGUCCUAAGCAUCUUGGAUGCCCUACAGUCACUCACAGAAGUAAAGGAAGAAAAGGAUUUUGUUCUUAAGGUUUACACGUGCAACAAUGAGAGUGAGUGGUCCCAGAUCCACGAGAACAUCAUCCGAAAGUCCAGUGCCAAGUACUCUGCCCCCAGCGCCAGCCAUGGUCUUAUCAUUUCUCUGCAGCUUCUUCGUGGAGACAUGGAACAGAUUCGGAGAGAAAAUCCCAUGAUAUUUAAUAGGGGAUUGGCAAUUACAAGAAAAUUGGGAUUUCCUGAUGUCAUUAUGCCAGGUGAUAUCCGCAAUGACCUGUACCUAACCCUGGAGAAGGGGGAUUUCGAGAGAGGAGGAAAGAGUGUACAAAAGAAUAUUGAAGUGACCAUGUAUGUGCUUUAUGCAGAUGGAGAAAUCUUGAAGGAUUGCAUCAGCUUGGGUUCAGGAGAGCCAAAUAGGAGUUCCUACCACUCCUUUGUCCUCUACCACAGUAAUAGUCCUCGCUGGGGAGAAAUUAUCAAAUUGCCUAUCCCCAUUGACCGGUUCCGGGGCUCCCACCUGCGCUUCGAGUUCAGACAUUGUUCCACAAAGGACAAAGGGGAAAAGAAACUCUUUGGCUUUGCAUUCUCACCCCUGAUGCGUGAUGAUGGCACCACCCUCUCAGAUGAUAUUCACGAGCUUUAUGUGUACAAGUGUGAUGAGAAUAGCACGUUUAAUAACCAUGCUCUGUACCUGGGCCUGCCUUGCUGCAAAGAGGACUACAAUGGCUGCCCUAAUAUCCCGUCUAGCCUCAUCUUCCAGCGCAGCACCAAAGAGUCUUUCUUCAUCUCCACUCAGCUCUCCUCUACCAAACUCACCCAGAAUGUGGACCUCCUAGCUCUGCUGAAGUGGAAGGCCUUCCCUGACCGGAUCAUGGAUGUACUAGGGCGGCUGCGGCAUGUCAGUGGGGAGGAAAUUGUUAAGUUUCUGCAGGACAUCUUAGAUACACUCUUUGUGAUUUUGGAUGAUAAUACAGAGAAGUAUGGCCUGUUGGUUUUCCAGUCUCUGGUGUUCAUCAUCAACCUGCUCCGAGACAUCAAGUAUUUUCACUUUCGACCUGUGAUGGACACAUAUAUCCAGAAGCACUUUGCUGGAGCUCUGGCAUACAAGGAGCUCAUCCGCUGUUUGAAGUGGUAUAUGGACUGCUCAGCAGAACUGAUUCGACAGGACCACAUUCAAGAAGCCAUGCGGGCCUUGGAGUACCUUUUCAAGUUCAUUGUACAGUCACGGAUCCUGUACUCACGAGCCACUUGUGGAAUGGAAGAGGAACAAUUCAGAUCCAGUAUCCAAGAACUUUUCCAGUCCAUCCGGUUUGUGCUCAGUCUGGACAGCAGAAACUCAGAAACACUCCUUUUUACUCAGGCUGCACUCCUCAAUUCUUUCCCAACCAUCUUUGACGAGCUGCUGCAAAUGUUCACUGUGCAAGAGGUGGCAGAGUUUGUGAGAGGGACACUGGGGAGCAUGCCCAGCACUGUGCACAUUGGGCAGUCAAUGGACGUGGUCAAGCUGCAGUCCAUUGCCAGGACAGUGGAUAGCCGCCUGUUUUCUUUCUCAGAAUCCCGCCGCAUCCUGCUUCCUGUGGUUCUCCAUCAUAUUCACCUUCACCUGAGGCAGCAGAAAGAGCUGCUUAUUUGCUCAGGAAUUCUUGGCAGCAUCUUCUCCAUCGUCAAGACCAGCUCUCUGGAGGCAGAUGUCAUGGAGGAAGUAGAGAUGAUGGUGGAGAGCCUCCUGGACGUGCUCUUGCAGACUCUGCUCACCAUCAUGAGCAAAUCGCACGCUCAGGAGGCGGUAAGAGGGCAGCGGUGCCCGCAGUGCACAGCCGAGAUCACUGGCGAAUAUGUGUCCUGCCUUCUCUCACUGCUCCGCCAGAUGUGUGACACCCAUUUCCAGCACCUCCUGGACAACUUCCAGAGCAAAGAUGAACUCAAGGAAUUUCUGCUGAAGAUUUUUUGUGUGUUCCGGAACCUGAUGAAGAUGAGUGUGUUCCCUCGGGACUGGAUGGUAAUGAGACUGCUCACAAGCAAUAUUAUAGUCACUACUGUCCAGUACCUGUCCUCUGCACUGCACAAGAAUUUCACAGAGACUGACUUUGACUUUAAGGUGUGGAAUUCUUAUUUUAGCCUGGCAGUUCUAUUCAUAAAUCAGCCGAGCCUUCAGCUAGAAAUUAUCACCUCAGUCAAAAGGAAGAAGAUUCUAGAUAAGUAUGGGGACAUGCGUGUAAUGAUGGCUUAUGAACUGUUCAGCAUGUGGCAGAAUUUGGGUGAACAUAAGAUCCACUUUAUUCCGGGAAUGAUUGGUCCUUUUCUGGGUGUGACACUGGUCCCACAGCCAGAAGUACGGAAUAUCAUGAUUCCCAUCUUUCAUGACAUGAUGGACUGGGAGCAGAGAAAAAAUGGCAACUUCAAACAGGUGGAGGCCGAGUUGAUUGACAAGCUGGACAGCAUGGUAUCAGAAGGGAAAGGUGACGAGAGCUACAGGGAGCUCUUCAGCCUACUAACCCAGCUGUUUGGGCCCUACCCCAGCCUGUUGGAGAAGGUUGAACAAGAAACAUGGCGUGAGACCGGCAUUUCCUUUGUGACCUCAGUCACCCGCCUCAUGGAACGUCUUCUUGACUACAGGGACUGCAUGAAAGGAGAGGAAACAGAGAAUAAGAAGAUUGGCUGUACUGUUAACCUGAUGAAUUUUUACAAAUCUGAGAUUAACAAGGAAGAAAUGUAUAUCCGCUACAUCCAUAAGCUUUGUGACAUGCACUUGCAGGCCGAAAACUACACAGAGGCCGCAUUUACCCUGCUCCUUUACUGUGAGCUGCUGCAGUGGGAGGACCGGCCACUGCGGGAAUUCCUCCACUACCCAUCGCAGACAGAGUGGCAGCGGAAGGAGGGACUGUGCCGGAAGAUCAUUCACUACUUCAACAAAGGCAAGAGUUGGAAGCUGGGAGUUUCCCAGGAUCCACUGUGCAGGGAGCUGGCGUGUCAGUCUGAGAGCCUCUAUGAUUACCAGAGCCUCAGCUGGAUUCGGAAAAUGGAGGCCAGCUACUAUGACAACAUUAUGGAGCAGCAACGCCUGGAGCCUGAGUUCUUUAAGGUCGGCUUCUAUAACAGAAAAUUUCUUUUUUUUUUGCAGAACAAAGAAUACGUAUGCCGUGGCCAUGACUACGAGGGGGCCUUCCAGCAGAGGAUGCUCAGUGAGUUCGCGGGCUGUGGCAUGCAGCACCCCAGCCAUCCUGGUGUUGCCAUCCUACAGUCGAUGCAGUACUUGCAGAUCUAUGCAGUGACACCCAUUCCAGAUUAUGUGGGUGUCUGCAGAUGGAUAGGAGUACCAGAUCGCGUCAAAACCCUAAAUGUCAACAAUGUGGGGAAAUUCCGGUCGACAGGCCUUUCACAAGGCCCCAAGGAUAAGGAGAAUGAAUUCAAGAGCCUAUGGAUUGAGCGUACCACACACAGCCUGACUGGCUUGCCUGGCAUCUCUCGGUGGUUUGAAGUGGAGAGAGAGACUGUGAGCCCUCUGGAGAAUGCCAUCCAAGUGGUUGAGAAUAAGAACCAGGAGCUACGCUCCCUGAUCAGCCAGUAUCAACACAAGCAGGUGCAUGGCAACAUCAACCUGCUAAGGUGCCUGAAUAUUGUCAUUGAUGCGGCUGUCAAUGGAGGCAUUGCACGCUAUCAGGAGGCCUUCUUUGAUAGAUACAUCAACAAGCACCCAGGAGAUGCGAAGAUCACCCAGCUCAGGCUUAUGCAGGAAACAGGUAUAUGUCUUGACUUGGGGACCAACAGCCAGGUUCGUGACCUUGGAGUUGGGCUAGCAGUUCGCUUGGAAGUUUGUGUGCACCCAGAAAUGCGACCUCUGCAUAGAAGCUAGAUUAGUCAGUUCCAGAUGAUGCGGGCCAGUCUCUGCCAUGAGUUUCCAGGUUUGGAUAAGCUAAGUCCUGCAUGUUCAGGCACCAGCACCGCAGGAAAUGUUCUGGCAUCCCAUAGCCCCAUGAGUCCGGAGAGCAUCAAGAUGACCCAUCGGCACAGUCCCAUGAACUUGAUGGCUGAGCGCCAUUCAUUCUCUCUCUCCUCACAUCGUCUGGUAGGCUUAGAAACAGCAGUGAUGCUGGACGGCAGCUCCAUGAAGCGAUGCUCCGAGGACCUGUACCACCACAUGCAGCUUGCGUAUCCCAACCCCAGGUACCAGGGCUCGGUCACCAACGUCUCUGUUCUGUCCUCGUCCCAGGCAAGCCCUUCUUCCAGCCUGAGUUCCACUCACUCAGCACCAUCUCAGAUGAUUACCCCUCUGCCCCUUCCAAUUACCCGAGUAAGAGGCUCUCCCUCUCUGCCAGAUAAGUACCGCCAUGCCCGUGAAAUGAUGUUGUUGCUGCCCACAUACCGGGACCGCCCAAGCAGUGCCAUGUAUCCAGCAGCCAUCCUGGAGAACGGACAGCCGCCGAAUUUCCAGCGAGCCCUGUUUCAGCAAGUGGUCGGAGCCUGCAAACCUUGCAGUGAUCCCAAUCUGUCUGUGGCUGAAAAAGCUGUGCCAGCAGCCCCCAGCAGCUGGAGUCUGGAUAGCGGAGCCCAAGAGGCCCAGCCCUUCCUGUCUGCCCAUAUGGGGCGCAUCCUGGCCCCCCCAGUGCCUCCCCGAAGCCUGCUGCAUGGUCAUUACUCCCUACACUUUGACGCCUUCCACCACCCUCUGGGUGAUACCCCCCCAGCCCUCCCUGCCCGGACCCUGCGCAAGUCUCCUCUCCACCCUAUCCCAGCCUCCCCAACAAGCCCCCAGUCAGGUCUGGACGGCAGCAACUCUACGCUGUCCGGCAGUGCCAGCAGCGGCGUGUCCUCCUUGAGUGAGAGUAACUUUGGGCACUCCUCGGAGGUCCCACCUCGCACUGACACCAUGGACUCCAUGCCAAGCCAAGCAUGGAAUGCUGACGAAGAUCUUGAGCCACCCUACCUCCCUGUCCACUACAGCCUCUCUGAGUCUGCCGUCCUGGACUCCAUCAAGGCCCAGCCAUGCCGAAGCCACUCAGCCCCAGGGUGCGUCAUCCCUCAGGACCCCAUGGACCCGCCUGCGCUGCCGCCCAAGCCCUACCACCCCCGCCUGCCAGCCCUGGAGCACGAUGAGGGGGUGCUGCUGCGUGAAGAGACUGAGAGGCCUCGAGGCCUGCACCGCAAGGCUUCAUUGCCUCCUGGGAGCGCUAAGGAGGAGCAGGCCCGCAUGGCUUGGGAGCACGGCCGAGGGGAGCAGUGAGGGGCAAUGAGGCGGCUGGGAUGCCGCCCUCAGUAAGCAGCUUGCCAACCACUCCAGGUCUGAAAAGCAAGUCCCCCAGCCCGACCCCAGGGAGCCAGAGAGGCUUGGCACUCAGGAGAGAACCACCCCAAGUCUCCAUUCUACUGCCGUGAACUCAUGUGUUGCCAUGUACAGAGGCCACAGCAGCAUGAAGGGUUGUGGCUUCCCUUUUUAUUUUUUUACAUUUCCAUUUCUAUGGGUUUUCCUUUCUUUCCUUUAUGCAGUAGAUGCUUUCUUCCUCCUGCAGUUCUGGACCAUGUGGAGCUAUAUGGAGAAAUUGCACAGACAGAAUCACUUUGCCACACUGCAGGGCCCAGGAGCGGGAGCCCAGGUCCUCCCUCCAGGGUAGAGAUGCACAGAAUGGAAAUUGCACUAAGGACCUCUUCCUUUGCUGUAUGGACAGAAGAGUUCAUGGUUGCAUUCAGGGAUUGCAAGGACCAUAUAGACAUGUCACAGGUGGAAAAAGGGCCACAAGCCGUUUUGCACAAAUGCCUGUCCACCUGCCCCUCUUCCAUCCAGGAGUGUGCUACUGAGGGGCUGGCUGGACCAACCUGCUGGCUCAGGCACGUGACUGGCCCAACUGCAUGCCCAGGGAAGUGCCAGGGUUCAAUGGGCCAGCCGUCUCCUACUCCAUCUUGGAUUUUUCUCUCCAUCACAUUAUUUCUGACCAUUUGCUCCCUUCCAUUCUUGAAACACCUCAUGCCCCACAGGAGCCCCAGUGGUGACUGGAUCUGCAAGGGUUAUCUCUCACCCUCUGGGGUUUGAGUGGAGGUAUGGAGCCAGAGGGGCUAUCCUAGCCACCUUCCUCCUAGGGGGAGCUGGUCCCCUUCCUAUGUGGUAGAGACUGGUGUAAGAGUGAGUCUGGGGUGUGGCAGGCGCCAGAAAUCCUCGAAGCUUUCAGAAGCGUUCAGAAUGCCUACCAUCAGCUCCUGAAUCAGGGAUUUUCAGCACUACCUCUGAGCCAUGGGGGUGGCUGCCUAGCCAGGCUUCCAGGCCCUGAGGACAUGUGGUCAGAUUCAGCAGGCUCCUUGGUAAAGAGGGUGGGAGGGGGCUUCUCCUUUUGGAAGCAGAUAGCCAUGCAGGUAGAAUUGUCAUCUCCCAAGUGGCCACAUACAGCAACCUGCUCCAGGCCAUGGGGACCACCACUCAGGGUUUGGGGCUGGCAGGAGGGCAGUUUCUCCAGUCUCCCCAGUCUGUUGGUGUCUUUAUAGGAAACUAUAAAGCAGAGCAGUGGUGUCUUUAGAGGAAACUCAUUCAAGUCAGGGCACUGAUUUUCCUCUCAGUUUAUUAUUUGGGGGGAUCGGGUCAGGUGGGUAUAGUAGUACUUCACCAGGGUGCUUUUAAGUUACUUUAAAAAAAAAAAAAGCCUACAAAAUAUUUCUUUUAUUUGCUCAAGUUCACAUUAAUGAUGGUCACAAGGCUGCCUUGUUGGGCAGGCAUGUUGCCCCCAUUUCCUCUUCUGCUGGCCUGUGUGACCUCCACAGCCAGGCCCUGGGCCCGAGCCCCUCGUCCCUUCUCCACUGCCCCUAUUUCCAGACAGUAAAGGCCAUGGUCAGGGUGUUUUUCACUUGUAAACAAACCCCAGCUUGUUUAACAGAAAUGCUAAUAACCUACUGGGAAAGAUGGAGGUCUGAAUUACCUUCAGGGUUUUUCUGGGGCUUUAUCAUCAGUGUGGGUCCCUUCUGAUACCAUCAGGUUCACUCCAGGCAGAGUGGGGCAGAAGGCUGCUGAGGAUGUGGGUCAGUCACAGCAGCCCUCACCUAAAAGGGCUGGCCUGCUUCUCAGCCUACAUUUAUUUGCAAGCUUCAAUCUCUGGACCAUCUGGUGUUCACAGGUGUUAGAGGGUCGGGGCUAGCUUCAGAUUUGAUUCAUAGGUAGGAGGGCUUAGAUUUUAAGGCACUACUGAACGUCAAUCCCUGGACAAGGCAGUCAUCCCAUAAGAACAGCUACCUUCUCCACUUCGUGGCACAAGAGGUAAGGAGGGGAGUAUGGGUUCAUUUGGCUUAGCAUUAUGCAAGUUGAAACCGUUUGUUUCCCCUCUCCAUUUUCCCUAACUGAAUGAAAAGGACACAUUCUGAAAUCCCUUUUGUUGGAGAAUUAUUCAGUCUGAGGGGAAAUGGGAGGCCAGAGAUGAGAACCCUUUGAGAAGAUUGUAAAAUACUGAUUUUCAUUCUUUCAAGCUUAUUUGUAAAUACCUAUUUGAAUGCUGUGUAUUUGUACAG